AUGCGCCGCCAGAUCGAGAUGCGGACGGCGGCGCCUCCUCAGCUGCGGGUCCGCUCGAUCAAGACCCUGGGCACCGCCGACGCGGACGUGCUGCGCCUGGAGCAGCAGAGCAUCUUCAACGUCUCGAACCUCCUCCCGAAGGCGAAGGUCGCGCGGGAGCUGCGCGAGGCGGCGGGCAUCUCAGACAGCGUCGAGGUGCGGCAGGACCGCGAAGCCCCCCCCUUCGACACGCGACUCGUGGGCAAGUGGCUCGAGGUGUGCUGGCCAUACAAGGAGGAGGGUAGGGUGAAGCGCGUCGCGGACGGCCUCACCGACAAGAGGAGCCCGCGCGCACGCAAGAUCCUCCCGGCCGGCAUGCUGCUCUGGGCGUGGGACGCCGACCCCGAGUACGACGAGCCGGCGGGGGAGAGAUGGAUCGCCUUUCUUCCCGAGAAGUGGAACAAACCCGUCUCGUAUGGGUGGCGGCUCGAUCCCCGCGAGCUGGGCGCCACCGGCCCGCCCCGCACGCCGCUCAUUGAAGAGGAGGAGGAGGAGGAGGCGCCGCGCGCGCGCCGGUGA